AUGAGGACGCUCAUCGCCUGGGUCGUUCUGCUGUGCUGCUGCGCGGUGCACGCAGAUGAGCACGACCACAUGUACGAAGCGAACGAGGAGGUGGUGCUGUGGAUGAACACGGUCGGGCCCUACAGCAACCGCCAGGAAACGUACACAUACUUCUCGUUGCCGUUCUGCCGUGGUCCCAAGGAAACCAUCGGUCAUUACCACGAAACGAUGGGCGAAUCAUUGCUCGGCGUCGAGCUCGACUUCUCCGGGCUGGAAAUCAAGUACAGAACGGAAGUCACCAAGAACGUCUACUGCAAAAAGACGCUCACCACCGAGGAGUACAAGACCUUCGUCUAUGCAGUCAAGAACCAGUACGCCUACCAGAUGUACCUCGACGAUAUGCCAAUCUGGGGCAUGGUCGGUGAAGUUGACAACAAGGUCAACCCACCCGCCUUCAAGAUCUUCACCCACAAGAAGCUCGAAAUUGGAUACAACGGAAAACAGAUUGUUGAUGUGAACCUCACCACCGAUGGCCGGGUCGAGCUGCGCCCAAAUGCCCUUCUCGAGUUCAGCUACGAAGUCACAUGGACGAAGAGCGACGUGAAGUUCCAGGAUCGAUUCGACAAGUUCUUGGACCCGUCCUUCUUCCAGCACAGGAUUCAUUGGUUCUCCAUUUUCAACUCGUUCAUGAUGGUCGUGUUCCUCGUCGGCCUCGUGUGGAUGAUCCUGAUGCGCACGCUGCGCCGCGAUUACGCCCGUUAUGAGAAGGGCGAGACUGGAGACGAUUUGGAUGCUGACCUUGGCGACGAGUACGGCUGGAAGCAAGUGCACGGUGACGUCUUCCGCCCGCCCGCCCUGCCGAUGGCGUUCGCCUCUCUGAUCGGUUCCGGCUACCACGUGUUUGCCGUCGCCAUCAUCACCACCGUGCUGGCCAUCGUCGGCGAAUUUUAUACCGAGCGUGGAUCCCUGCUUUCCGCCUCGAUCUUCGUGUACGCCGCCUGCGCCCCGAUCAACGGAUACGCCGGAGGCUCGAUGUAUUCGCGUUUCGGAGGCAAGCACUGGAUCCGCCAGAUGCUCUUCGGCGCUUUUCUGCUCCCAUCUGGCGUCUGCGGGCUGGCCUUCCUCAUCAACUUCAUCGCCAUCUACUACCAUGCCUCUCGCGCUAUCCCGUUCACCGUGAUGUUGGCCGUCUCCGCGAUCUGCCUGUUCGUCAUCCUGCCGCUGACACUCGUUGGCACCGUGCUCGGACGCAACAUGGGCGGCCAGGGCGACUACCCGUGCAGGGUCAACGCCGUCCCGCGCCCGAUCCCCGACAAGAAGUGGUUCGUCCAGCCGUGGCUGAUCUGCCUGGCCGGUGGCGUGUUGCCGUUCGGCAGCAUUUUCAUUGAGAUGUACUUCAUUUUCACGUCAUUCUGGGCCUACAAGAUCUACUACGUCUACGGCUUCAUGCUCUUGGUUCUCCUCAUCUUGGCCAUCGUGACGGUGUGCGUGACGAUCGUCUGCACUUACUUCUUGCUCAAUGCCGAGGACUAUAGAUGGCGCUGGACCAGCUUCGCCGCCGGCGCUUCGACCGCCUUCUACGUGUACCUCUACGCGGUGUACUACUUCUUCUUCAAGACCAAGAUGUACGGCCUCUUCCAAACCGUGUUCUACUUCGGCUACAUGGGCCUGUUCGCCUCCGGCCUGGGCCUCAUGUGCGGCACCAUCGGUUACGUCGGCACGGCCAAGUUUGUGCGCAAGAUCUACCAAGAGGUGAACAAGUUCGAC